AUGAGGUCCCUGCGAAUACUAACGUUACCCCAAUUGCGGUACUUUGCGACUCGCUCAGAGGUCCAGGUGGCCAGGGACUGGCUGACGAGACUCAAUCGCCAGACCAUCCCCCGCCACAUCUGCGAGGUUUCGUUCAGUCGGUCCAGCGGCCCGGGCGGGCAGAAUGUGAACAAAGUAAAUUCCAAGGCAACAUUGAAGGUCCCCUUCGACUCCUUGUUGCCAUUAGUCCCUCCAUUGAUGUACCAAUCGCUACGAACUUCCCGAUAUGCCGCUGAGCGGGCCCAAUGCCUCGUCAUCCAAUCCGACGAGGAGCGCAAACAAGCUAAUAACGUCGAGACGUGCUUUGACAAGCUCUACCAGCUAUUAAAGAACACGGCCAAGGAGAUCGUCCCAGGCGAGACCACGCAAGCACAACGAGAUCAUGUUCAGAAAUUGUGUGCGACCCUACUGUUCCAGUCCAAGUUCGGAUCUAACGGAGAUUACAGGCAACGCGCUCAGAAUGAGGGUCGCAUCAAAUCGAAGAAACUCCACAGCGAUAAGAAAAGUAGUCGACGGGGAAGCAAAGACGAUAAUUGA